AUGGAAUCCCGAAGUUUCCGCAACAUCAAAUUAGAGAAAGCAAACGCUAUGUUAAGGUACAAAAAACGUCAAAGAGUAACAACUUUGUUCCGUUACAUCGAAUUCUGCAUAUCUUUCGUCGUAAUUUCAAGAUUUUCCACAGAGUAUUUCAGGGGACUUAGUGUCACUCUUAUUAGUCCUCGAUUCGUCUUUGUUCUUGUAAAUGCAAUUGUCAUCAUCCUCUUCUUUAAAUCAGGACAGUCAUCUACUAAAGAUGGUUCCACAAACAACAGUAAAAUCGAUAUGUACGAUGAGUACAAGCAAAAAUGUUCGAUGAACAAAGAGACUUAUUGUGAACAGAGCAUUUUGGUAGAAGAGGCUUAUUGUAAACAAAUCAAGAAACAAAGGAAACAAAGCAUUCUGGUAGAAAAGAGAAUUCGUCGUAUCCAUUCGGACAAUUCUAUAAGUUUGUCCCAUGAUGAGAAAAAACCUAGAAAAAAAAUGAUCAGGUCGGCCACAGUAGGAUGCCUGAAAGUUAUAAACACUGACAGUGUAAAACCAACAACGACGACGAUGACAACAAACUCAUAUCCAGAGGAUGGGAUGAGUAGUGAAGAAUUCAAGAACACUGUUGAAGCCUUUAUUGCAAGAAAACAAAGACUUUUGAGGGAAGAAGAAUUUUCAGCUGUUGUUUCAUCAUAA